UGAAUCCAACUCAACUGCUGCUGUUUUUUUUUUUAAACUUAUUUACAAUCCAUAUAAGGGCGACAUGGAGGAGCAGCAGGUAAAGUGUUGGCCUCACAGUUCUGAGGACCCGAGUUCGAAUCCAGCCCCGCCUCUGUGGAGUUUGCAUGCUCUCCCCGUGCCUGCGUGGGUUUUUCUCCGGGCACUCCAGUUUCCUCCCACAUCCCCAAAACAUGCAACAUUAAUUGGACACUCUAAAUUGCUCAUAGGUGUGAUUGUGAGUGCAAUUGUUUGUCUUGAUGUGCCCUGCGAUUGACUGGCAACCAGUUCAGGGUGAACCCCGCCUCCUGCCCGUUGACAGCUGGGAUAGGCUCCAGCACUACCCACGACCCUCGUGAGGAUAAGCGGCAAAAGAAAAUGGACGGAUAAUCCAUGUAUUAAAAAAAUAUUUAGGUUUCACGUUAGCGUUUUCAUUGGUGUGUGCCGGUGGUGGUGGGGACUGGAGACCCCAGAGUGGGGUGAAGCACAAAGGGUCAGUUAAAGCUAUGACCGCCACAGGCCGUGCGUACGGUCAACGUUGGCCUAAAAUGGAAGGACAACAAUUGAAAGUAGGUGCUCGUGAGCACCGCGAAGCCGGGAAGUCGAACUUUCUGCGCGUCCGUGAAGGUGACAGUUCCCGGGAUGUCAAGGCACGGCCGAGGGAGGCUGCGGGGCUCCGGGAUGACGCCACCUCUCGCUCCGCCCCCCCGACGCAAACUCGCUCUUUGCGUUCAUUUCAUUCCUCUUCUCAUUCCGAGCAUUCUUCGCAUCUCUGUCAGUGAGCGAAGCGAUUCACCUUCCUUGCCGACCUGGCAACGCCAGAAUAACUUGACAAUAAUAUUGUAAAUACAAUCACACGAGCUCAAAAAUGGACAUUUUUUUAAAUGUGAGCUAUCAGUGACGAGUUGCUUCGCUCGGCGCUUGGGGGAUUUCACCGGAGGCUUUUCGGACCACCUCGACGAAAAACACCGGGAAGACUUGUUGCUUCGCCGCCUUGGACGUUGCUUUUUCAAAUUGCCGUCCAACUUCUGUGUCUCGCCCUUGUGUGGUCCAAGCAUCAGCUUGGAGAGCGCAACCGCCAAAAUUGAUCCCAGCAGCUGGAGCGGCAGCGAGAGCCCUGCCGAAGACAUGGAGAGGAUGAGCGAUUCGGCGGAUAAGCAUGUGGACAAUGAUGCAGAAGGGGUGUGGAGUCCUGACAUCGAGCAGAGCUUCCAGGAGGCCUUGGCCAUUUACCCUCCUUGCGGACGUCGGAAGAUCAUCCUGUCAGAUGAGGGGAAGAUGUAUGGUCGGAAUGAACUGAUUGCCAGAUAUAUCAAGCUCCGGACGGGGAAAACGAGGACUCGCAAGCAGGUGUCUAGUCACAUACAGGUCUUAGCAAGAAAGAAAGUUCGAGAAAUCCAAGCUGCCAUUAAGGUGUCUAGUCACAUUCAGGUUCUAGCCAGAAGAAAAUCUCGUGAGUUUCAUUCCAAGCUAAAGGACCAGGCGGUGAAGGACAAAGCCCUCCAGAGCAUGGCCUCCAUGUCGUCAGCUCAGAUCGUCUCUGCCACGGCUAUUCACAACAAGCUGGGCCUGCCCGGUAUCCCGCAUCCAGCGUUCCCCGGAGCAGGGAUUUGGCAAGGGAUGAUAUCAACGAGCCAGCCAGGAUCCUCACAAGACAUCAAACCCUUCACCCAGCAAUCUUAUCCCAUCCAGCCUGCUGUCACAACGGCAAUUUCAAGCUACGAACCCACAGCCGCUUCUGCGCCGACGGCACCGGCAUGGCAGGGUCGCUCUAUCGGAACAACCAAACUGCGGCUGGUGGAGUUCUCUGCCUUCCUGGAGCAGCAAAGAGACCCAGACUCGUACAACAAGCACCUCUUUGUGCAUAUCGGACAGACAAAUCAUUCCUACAGCGACGCCCUGCUCGAGUCCGUGGAUAUUCGUCAAAUUUAUGACAAAUUUCCUGAAAAGAAGGGAGGACUGAAGGAGCUGUACGGAAAGGGGCCCCAGAAUUCCUUCUUCCUUAUAAAGUUCUGGGCCGACCUAAACUGCAACAUUCAAGACGAGAACGGAUCUUUCUACGGCGUCACCAGCCAGUACGAGAGCUCAGAGAACAUGACCAUCACGUGCUCCACGAAAGUGUGCUCGUUUGGAAAGCAGGUGGUCGAGAAAGUCGAGACGGAAUAUGCACGGUUCGAGAACGGCCGCUUCGUCUACCGGAUAAGCAGAUCUCCAAUGUGCGAAUACAUGAUCAACUUCAUUCAUAAGCUAAAACACCUGCCUGAGAAGUACAUGAUGAACAGCGUGUUGGAGAACUUUACUAUCUUAUUGGUGGUGACCAACCGGGACACGCAGGAGACGCUGCUCUGUAUGGCGUGCGUAUUUGAAGUGUCCAACAGCGAACACGGCGCCCAGCAUCACAUCUACAGACUGGUAAAAGAAUGAACGGGCCCUUCUAUUUUCUUGCAGACUCUCUGACCUCCAGACAAGUGGCAGUGCCUCUCGCUAAAAGUCUCGGCGACAACGUUUCUCGGUCAUUAGCUGAAGUCUUUUCUUAUCACUGUGUUUGGUUUUGUGUCGUUUGACUGCAUCGGUGAGUCGUGCUACUCGUGUUUUCUUUUCUUUUUUUUUUUUUUUUUUAUUCUUCGUUCCACUGCUGGAAAUCUUGAGGGAUCACGUAGACUGGGUAUAACUGUGGCGUCAACGUACUAAAUUUACUCUCUUUUUGUAAAUGGAACUAUGUGUUGUCCAUUUUAUUUUAUUUUUUUGGGGUUUGUAUAUAUGCUAUUGGCCUUUGUUUUUUGUGCCAGUGGCCUGAUGUGGUCUGUGCAAUGUUUGAGUGUGUUGAUCAUGCUUGUUUUAUGUGCAAGACCAACAGCCCAUAGACCUCCAAAGAAACUAGCAUGACAUUAAUAUGCUACAAUAUUACUGAUUUUUCUGUUUAGAAUUGUUUUUGUGGUGUUAAAUCACCGAGCAGUGAAAUAUUGACCCUGUUGAAGCACGCCAACACAGUCACAGCAGUUUGAUUGCACUCAAAAACAUGAAACUACACUCACUUUGCUGCCUUUUCUCAAUGUGUUUAGAAAACAAUACAAACCGCUAAGGUUCCUGUUCCUGUCAGAUGAUUGUAAAACAGGGCUGUCAAACUCUUUUUAAUGUAUUUUUAUAAUGGGUUUUUUUUGUGCCGCAUUAUUGUUAUGAUAUGAUUAUACAGUGGACCCCUGUUAUUGAAAGAGUACAGGAACAGUCUUAAUGCGAAUGGUGAAUUACCGCCAAUAGUUAAUAACCCCCUAAAGUGAUUAGAAUUGCUUGUUUUAAUACUGUAAACGAAUGGUUCUUCAACUUUUUACACUAAUUAUACAGCACCUUGGAUAUUGCACAAUGAAACAUCCACCCAUCCAAGCUGCUUAUCCUCACACAGGCCAGUCAGAUUUGGGUCAAAGCAAAUUUAUUUGUACAGCGCAUUUCAUACACAAGGUAACGCAAUGUGCUUUACAUGAUUAAAGGCAUUUGAAAACAAAGAGAUAAAACAUUUAAAAUGGGAUAAAACAAGAAAAAUGACAAACAAAAUAAUAAAAAAAAAUACAAUGCAAAUAAUAUGAUCAAAAAGUGGACAUAUUCUAAAGUGAAAGGCAGACUACACCCUGAACUGGUCACCAGUCAGUUGCAGGGCAGAUAUCAACACCAUCACUGAGCGGAAAUCGAUCCCAUGCACCAAAAUUCAGAUGUGUGUGUUCCACUACACCAUCACUGACUUAUUACAAAGAAACAGUGCUUAAAUAAUAAUUUGAAUUAAAUGUAUUACACCUCAGUUAAAUAAAAAUUGUACCUUAAUAAAAGUGUAAUUAUCCAAGCCACUUAUCCUCACAAGGGUUGUGGGAAAGCUGGAGCCUAUCUCAGCUAGCUUCGUGCGAAAGGCGGACUCCACCCGUAACUGGUCGCCAGUCAGUCGCGGGGCGGAUAUCGACACCAUCACUGAGCGGGAAUCGAUCCCACGCUGCCCCCACCAAAGGCAGGGGUGUGUACCACUACACAAAUGUUUAAAUACAAAACACUUAUUACAGAUAAAAAAAAACCAAGUGUAUUGUGGCAAAAGUUAAAUACAACUGUAAUGUACUUACCUUAUCAUUUCACAUACCUCCAGAGGGAGCCCACGUACCACGAGUGGUACUUGUGCCAUAUUUUCACAAUCACUAGUUUAACCAGUAAAUCCAUCCAUUUUCUUCGCCGCUUAUGCUCACAAGGGUCGCGGGGGGUCCUGGACCCUAUCCCAGCAGUCAACGGGCAGGAGGCGGGGUACACCCUGAACUGGUUGCCAGACCAAUCGCAGGGCACACAGAGACGGCCAACAGUCGCACUCACAAUCACACCUUGGGGCAAUUUAUUGUCUCCAAUUCAUGUUGCAUGUUUUUUGGAUGUGGGAGGAAACUGGAAUGCCCAGAGGAAACCCACGCAGGCACGGGGAGAACAUGCAAACGCCACACAGGUGGGGCCGGGAUUGAACCCGGGUCCUCAGAACUGUGAGGCCAACGGUUUCCAGCUGCGCCACCGUGCCACCUAAUCAGGAAAUAUACCACAAAAUAUUUUAAACCUUAAAACAUUGCCGUAUCAUUAAAGAUCCAGUACAGUCAACAUCUAGGAUAUUUGAAAAAAAAAUACGGGGAGUUGAAUUUGCGAAUCGGCGAAUACGCAGGGGUCCACUGUUCAUAAUCCCCAUAUUGAAUUAUUGCAAUUAUUGCAUCUACAUAACAAAUUGAAGGCGAGCUUCAAAUUCUGAAGUCAAAUAAAACUGUUUAUUCAAAUGUUUUUUUUUUUUUUUUUUUUAAAGAGGUUCGGUAACAAACUCACAACAUUAUUAAAAGUGAUGACAUUUUGAAGUUUUGGGUCCAAAUUUUGAAGCAGGCGCUCGCGAUUUCCUACGUCAGGCCAACGACGCGGAUGUGGCCUCGAGUUUGACACCCGCGCUCUUACAGUUUAAAGCACUACAAGAUGUAAACGCUCUCAACCAAAAGCACUUUCUUUCUUCUGCUCUUAACUCGUCCCAACACUAAAAAUGACGUUAGACGGCAAGCCAAGUUUGCGUCCCGGCACGAUCCGAGUCCGAGCUCCGCUGCCUCCUGUUGCCGAGGCCCCCCCCCCCUCCCAGCCUUAAUUCGACACGCUACAGCUGUGCGAUCUCCAAGAGACGCUCCCGAAACUGUGAUCCGUUCCCUCGCAAGGACUCCCCGAGAUGGAGUCGUGCGAGGGAUUCCCGAUGCAGUCUGCCAAAGUGUUCCGAGUACAGUGCCUUAGCGUAUGUGGUCCAACUUUAUCCUGCACCCUGAUGUCAAGUCAGGCUGAUACGGGCGAAAAUCAUCCACCAGUACACUCCUCUAUUUUCAGAUUCACCGCAUCUAAAUGCCUCAAAUGAUAUGAAAGUUGUAUUUUUUCUCUAAAAAAAAAAAAAAACAGUCAUAUAUUCCCAAAAUAUCAGCAUUUUUCUGUGACGUCUGAUGAAAUUUCCUGUGGUAAAAGUAAAAGACCAAAAAAAAACAAAAAAAAAAACAUACUCCGCUAUUGUGUUGUGCGUGGUAGAAAAAGUGCCUUUGGUUUACAAUUCAAAACUGACACAAGACGACAAUGUUGCGAAACCAAAAAUUAAAAAAAAAAAGAAAAGAAAAAGAGAUUGAACCAAGUACCGCUUUGCCUUUUUUUCUUAAAGCAGGGAGGGGAAACCGAGCAUUUCAUCCAGCCAGCAUGUAAAUCUAAAAACAAAUCGUGUACAAGCUCAGAGAAACCGCCAACAGCAUUUGCGCCGUAACGCUCAAAGUAUACACUAGAAAUGCAAGACGUUUAUUUUUACUCCCGUUUUUGCGCGAGCUGGUCUCAAAGAGCUAAGCGAGACGUAUUUGGGUCGAUGCGCCACGCAAGAAAUGCAACAUGUUCUGGUUUCCGGUCUUGUGCAGAGAGCUUUGCAACAUUUGUCCACAUGGGAAGUUUUUGCUCUUUGAGUUAGGCUUGUGGGGAAAAAAAAAACUGAACAAAAACAUUGUUUUUGAUCACUGUUUUACUGUAUAAUGGACUGUUUUUGACCACGUGACUACAUCCGGGGCAGGCGGCCAUGUUGGAUGGGUACGCUACUGACGCGCCAUUCACUCUAAUGCUUUUGGAGUUACAAAAAUGUUCGUACGACUGUUAAAAGUGACGCACGAUGGCUAAAAAGACUUUGGAAAGUUAUCGGUGCUCAUUAGAUGUCGUUUCAAGAAACCGUGACGACAAGAAGUGCGCUUUGAUCGACAACAUCGACCCACAUGCCUCGGAGAAACACAAAUGGAGCACACAAAAUGUAGGCGUCGGUAACCUAUCCGGACAUCGUCAACUAUCUCCUCUUCUCGACAAGUGCUUAUACCGUAGACCACCUUAAGAAUUACAAAGGUCUGGAGGCCUACAAGCAAUUCAUCAAUUAUAAAUGAUUCAUCAAUCAACUAACCUUGGGUUCGUCAUCCGGCGGUAUCCAUUGUAAACAACCUGUGUCUCCGCACUGCUAAAGUUAGUGUACCGCACAAUGCAAUUUCAAUAUGUAAACUCAUGAUUACAGUCAGCGUUGUUUUAAAUGAUGUUGAUUAUACCAACGAUAGAGGUGUAGAAUAUUAUUGUCAUUUUUGUUACCGAGAGGGAGAGAGAGGGAGGUUCGAUCGGGACGAGUCCCAAGUGAAGUCCACACCUUUUUCUUGGUUACAAUUUUUAACACAACUCAUGAAACAGCUAGCAGUGCGGUAACUCGUUUUUGCAAACUUAUUACAGUGAAGAAAAGAAGUAUUUGAACACCCUGCUGUAUUCCAAGUUCUCCCACCUCGAAAUCUGAAAAGAUUUGAAAUUUUCAUCCUAGGUGCAUGUCCACUGUGAGAUAGUUAACCCUAAAAGAAAAAUCCAGAAAUCACAAUGUCUGAUUUUUAUUUUAACGAUUUAUCUGUGUGAUACAGCCGCAAAUAAGUAUUUGAACACCUGAGAAAACCAAUGUGAAUAUUGGGUACAGUGUCCUUUGUUCACAAUUACAGAGGUCAAAUAUUUCCUGUAGUUGUUCAUCAGGUUUGCACCCACUGCAGGAGGGAUUUUGCCUCACUCUUCUUUAGAUCAGACGGGUUUCUGGGCUGGACCCAGCAGCCACGACCCAUCUUCAAUGCUCCGACUGAGGGAAAGAGGUUGUUUCCCAAAAUCUCGCAAUACAUGGCCGCGGUCCUCCUCUCCUGAAAAAACAGUGCAGUCGUCCUGUCCCAUGGGUAGAACGACACCCCCAAAGCAUGAUGCUACCACCCCCAUGCCUCACAGUAGGGAUGGUGUUCUUGGAAUGGCGCUCAUCAUUCGUCUUCCUCCAAACACGGUUACUGGAAUUAUGAUCAAAAAGUUCCAUUUUGGUCUCAUCUGACCACAAAACCUUCUCCCUUGACUCCUCUGUAUCAUCCAAAUGGUCAUUGGCAAACUUAAGACGGGCCUUGACAUGCGCCGGUUUAAGCCUGGGAACCUUCCGUGCCAUGCAUGAUUUCAAACCAUGACGUAUUAGUGUAAUACCAACAAUCACCUUGGAAACGGUGGUCCCAGCACUUUUCAAGGCAUUGACCAAGUCCUGUCGUGUAGUCCCAGGCUGAUUCCUAUUCCUUCCUCACACAAAUCGUUAAAAAAUCAUACAUUGUGAUUUCUGGAUUUUUCUUUUUAGAUUAUUUCUCUCACAGUGGACAUGCACCUACGAUGACAAUUUCAGACCCCCUCCAUGAUUUCUAAGUGGGAGAACUUGGAAUAUAGCAGGGUGUUCAAAUACUUAUUUUCUUCACUAUACAAUAAAACAGAAAAUACAGAUUUUGGAGACAUGCAUUGCAUUCACACAUGAGUAUUAUGUAAGCCCUCGGCCCUAAAGAAUUCUUCUCCUUCACAGAAUUUAGUUAUUGCCGAGUAGGUGGGAAAUUCAAAAAAGGUAUCCAAUAAUGCUCUGAGCAAACUCGGACAUGAGGGAAUGACUUGGCUGCUAGAUCAACUCUGCUGAUACGAGACAGCCACCGUUGUCGCCGUUUGGUCGCUAGCUGCUCCGUUUCCUCGCACUGGUUCUUGAUCCCAGCUGACAGUCGCAAGAAAGACGCUUUACAACUUUCCUUUGAGCAACCGAUAACAUAGCAGUCGGCCCCCAUUCGUACGCAUUUCUGAAAUGAUUCCCGCUUAGUUACUGUUUGUUUACUCGAGUUCACCAAAACAAAAUGGCGACCGCGUUCUAAACCGGAAGUCAGUCAGUCGAAAACAGUCUAUAAAAGAAAUCACAGACCGGAGAGAGAUUUUGGGUCACAAAAUAAGGAUGUCCCUACGCAGGGUUUGAACUUGAAAAUGGUUCCCCCCGGGCCGUGUCUCGUAGGAUUUGUGACGCUAACUGGGGAAGCUGCUCAAUUGUCGACGUUUAUUUCCUCUUUGAUUCACGUUUGAUUCGCUUGAGGCUUCAAUAAAACACUAACGCACACUUGCAGGUUCAAGUGUUUUUAAAAAAAUAAAUAAAAAAAAUCUCUGAAAUGUUUGCGCCCCCCUCCCAGAAAAAAAUCUUUUUUUUUUUUUUUAAGUAUCUUUCGAGGUAAUAUUAAAGAGUGGCGCAGAGCUACGUUCGUCUCAAUUGUUUCUUUAUGAAAAAAAAAAAAAUCUGCGGUGGACGCGCACGCAGGUAAAAGCUCAAUCAGUGUUUUUCCACCGCAGUCCGAAAGAAAGGCGCCGCUCUCUUUGAGGCGACUUCACGUGUAUCCGUUUCGCGUAUCGAUCCGUACAUGUUUUCUGGUGUUUGUGCACAGUUGCGUAGACGUGUGUAUCGAGACGGUUCUCGUUUUACUGCUGUUACGACGCAUGCGAACGUCGGCUCCGCCCCCCGCCCCCCCCCGUUUCCCGCGCAAAACCGACCUUUCGGAACACUUCGGAGAACAUAAACGGCAAACGCGUUCGACUUGGGGUUGCGAGAGUAACGAGCAGUUAUUUGUAAUUUCUUUUUUUUUUUGUCAAGGAAUAAGGUCCUGGUACCGACCUGUUCUCUUUUUUGAUCAUUUUCAAAUUGUGGCUUUAAAGUGAUUUGACGUCACGUAGCUCACACUUUUGUUUUGUGUGCGGAUUUGUCAUUGUAAAAAGGUGCUUUGUACAAAAAAAAAACAACAACAAACAAACAAACGAAAAAAACAGAUAUCCUAAUGUUUCUGGUACCAAUGUGUGAUAUCCUUUCUUAUUUACGACUAAUGUGUUGGGAGCAGGCAAAAGAAAAAGAGGCUCUACUAUGUUUGUAUGUUUUGCAUAAUUAUGAUGAUGAUGAUGGUCUUGUCCUUUGCCGUAACAUUAUGAUGCCUUCUUGAUAAACUAGAUAUUUUGUAGCUUUCUAGAUCAUUUUUAUGUAUGCAGCAUUGGAGCUAAAUAAAACUUAA